AUGCAUCCUCCACCAUCCCUGCCUGUUUCGGACGGAUUUCCCACCCCUUUCCCACCCCUCCUGCCCCCUGCAGGCCUACCCUACCCCUACCCCACCCCGGGAGGGUUGUUUGGUCAUUUAUUUACCCCCUCCCACCCCCAAACAAAUCCCUAUAGCCCUGGCAUCUCCGGCAAACUCACCCCAGCAGCCUCGGAGAGCCUGACUGGUCAAACACAAAGUGUCAUCCCUGUCCAUCUCAUGCUGAAGAAGCUGGUGACACGCACGGUGUAUCGUGUCGCUACCCUCUCAGACACUCACCCCCCGUGCUCUAUGAUGGGCAAGAGACUCCUCAAGUGGGCUGAACCCCAUGCCUGCUCUGCCACCUUGAUGACCCCAGCUAUGCAAGAGAAAGUCAAGAGUACUGUCAUGGAGAUAGACGAACAUGUCCACACCUUAACUGAGAGCUUUGAGCCCUUUGCGCCCGAAGCUCGCCCUGGUGACUGGUUACUGGACCGCUAUGUGGACUGUCUCCACUUCGACAAGCGCGAUCCUACUCAGGAUAGGUGCCCAUAUCUUGAUGAGCUCAUUGCAAAUGCGAAGGCCGACCCAUUAACAGUACUGGCUGCGGCUGAUGGCACUGUCCCUCAGUCUAACCAGUAUCAGGUGACUUUGGCCGCUAUCAUCUACAAGGGACAUCGCAAGCUCGAAAGGACUUGUUAUGUCUCUGGCAGAGUUACCGCUCCAGAUGCGGAACUCAAUGCCAUCAUCAACUUCGGCCGCUAUAAUCUACAAGGGACAUACAAGGGACAUCGCAAGCUUGAGAGGACUCGCUACAUCUCUGGCAGAGUUACCACCCCAGAUGCAGAACUCAAUGCCAUUGCAUGCACAGUGCACCUUGCUGUCAAGCAGGCGAACUGCCAACAUAUUAUGGUUUUUACUGACUCUAUGGGCUCAGCCCAUAAAGCGGUUGACCCCAGCAUGCAUUCAGGUCAGGCUUUUAGCCUGUCUGUUUGUUGCGCUCUUCAAGUGUGGUUCGAGGCAGAUGAUCUCUGCCGCAUCACCUUCGUCUACGUUUCUUCUGCACUGCGCUGGGACAUCCAUGGUAAGGCACACAAAUACAUCACCGAACUCAGAGUCAGGGUUGGACAUCGCAAGAUGGACAACUCCAUAGACACGCUUCGCUCUCAAGCUGCGCACUCAAGCCUGGAUGCAUGGGGUUCCAUGUUCCAGGAUCAUACAUACCGAGGCUCCAAAUUCUUAGAGCUUCAAUGGCCUGACAGGCGGACGAUUCAGCCAUCAUACUCCAAUGGGGGACCUUGGCUUUCAACAUUCAGACACAGUAUCACUGAGUUCGCUCGCAUCUGCCAGUGCAUAACUGGCCAUGCGCCCAUUGGAGCGUAUUAUCGUCGCUUCAAGAUCAAUGAGCCUCAUGGCUGCACUUGCGGGGCUGCUCUGCAGUCUCGCCAGCAUGUUCUCUUUCGCUGCUGCGAUAGAUAUUCUGUACACUAUCCCCGUUUUCUCAGGGAUAUUGCAUCGUUUCUGAAGCACAGCCCUACAGUGUUUGGCUUCAACCAGGACCCUUCAGGUGUCGGAUAA